AUGAUGGGUUUCGGGUGGAAUCAAGCUCUAUUCAGAGGUGAAAAAGUGGAGACGAGUAGUUUCCGGUCGUUGCUUCAAGAAGAAUUUCACGAGCCGAAGCUAUAUUCCGGUCCAUCGUCAGAGGACUCGUCGCUGAACCGGUCGGGUUUCUCCCUGGACCAAACGGCAGCGUUCAGCUCUCAGACAAGCUCCAACGACAGCACCAUAACAUCCGGCGCCGGUUUCCAGGUGGAUUUUCACGGGAUGAUGCUCUCGGAGAAUCAGCAGUCGCUGUAUAACCAAAACCGGUCGUCGUCGUCGUCAGCAAAUUAUCAGUAUUCCCAGAGUAGCGGGAGCGGUGGGUAUGGCUCCGAAUACAUGAAUAAAUACCCACAGUUCCUGAGAACGCCGCCGCCGCCGCCUGUGGUGGCUGACGGCAGCAGCAGCCAUUUGCAUUUCACUAACAACACCCCUUUCUGGAACGCGUCUGGGCCACCCCAGGCCGAUGCUGGGUCGGGCUUUUUUCCGCCCCAGCAGAUUCCUAGGCCACCUUCAUUUCAUCAUAAUAAAUCAAAGAGUACCGGCUCAGAAUUGCGGGAUAUAAGCGCAACAUCGAAGAAGAACAGCCCAGAAACAACAAAUAAAAGGGCGAGGGGGAACGAAGCCUCCGCGACUCCUCCUCCGGCCAUGCCAGCUUUUAAGGUGAGGAAAGAGAAGAUGGGAGACAGAAUAACAGCACUUCAACAAUUAGUCUCACCUUUCGGGAAGACGGAUACGGCGUCUGUGCUUUCGGAAGCCAUUGCAUACAUAAAAUUCCUACAUGAACAAGUCAGUGUCUUAAGUAACCCUUAUCUCAAGAAUGGAGCUCCCACCCAGCAUCAUCACCAGAGUAUUGAGGAUAAAUCGAAGGAGGCAGAAGGGGCACGACAAGAUCUGCGAAGCCGAGGGCUGUGUUUGGUGCCGGUGUCGAGCACUUUCCCGAUGACUCAUGAAACAACUGUUGAUUUCUGGACUCCCACAUAUGGAGGAACUUUCAGAUAA